CACUCACCUCACAGAGUGUUUGUUGUGGGGGAGGAAGGGAAAGGAGAGUGUUAGCCACUUUGAGACUCCUUCAGGUAGUGAUAAAGCACGAUAUCAAAUCCAAACUCCUCUUCUUCUUCUCCUUGAGCUCUUGUUACGAGCUUUUGUGCAAAGAAGGAACUGAGAACAAAUCCCUCCCUCCAACUUUUGAUCUCCAAGUGGGGCCAAGGGAAGGAAGUUUGCCUCUUCUUCAACCCUUCUGGGUAGUGCCGCCUCCUUCCUUCCUUCCCCUUUCUGCCGCAGCCAGAAGCCGGGCCUCGGCUCUGGUCUCUGCCCCACAGCCUGUCCCCUGGCCGGCUAGCUUCGGCACAGAAAGAGAUGUGAGGUGUGGGCUCCUGGUGCCAAGUUCCCCACCCUACUCUGUGCCCGUCGGGGGCUCUUGCCCGGCACAGAAGCAGGAAACACAGGAGCACCAGAAAGAGGAGGAAUCCAGGAGUCAGCUGAGGGGAGUAUCCUCUGGAUCAAAGUCUGAAAUGAUGCAGGAGAAGCCGCGGUGGUGUGCUAGGGCUUCGCUGGGGAAGAAGGGCUCAUGGCAGGCCACACUCUUCAAAGCCUCCAUCCUGAGUUCCUGCUUCCUCUGGACUCAAGCCCAGGCCAAGACUGGGAUACCUAUCAAAGCUGAACCAGAAAUACUGCAAGAACGAGAGAGUGUCACAUUAACACCAGGAGAUAUUGAUGUGACCACACUUCGUAGCUGCAAAUGGUACCGAGGGUCAAGUGCUGACGAAAAUCGAAUCUUCACCUAUUUCCUAGCUCCGGUGAUUUCACAGAAAAACGGAUCUGCCUUCACUGACAGGGAGACUGGAAGAAGAGACUGUUCCCUUCGUAUCACAGAUUUAACACCAAGCGACUCUGGAACCUAUACACUGGAAGCAGAAGGACCUCUGGAACACAGAACAGGGGCUAUCAAUAUAACCAUCCCAGAUUCUGCUGUGCUGAAAGCAGGAGUCGUUUCUCGGAUUGUCAUCGGGUCUCUGGUUGCGCUGACGUUGUUUGGAACACUGCUUUGUGUCUUGUUCUGGGCCUGUCGCCUGAGAUUUAAGACUUCUGCGCAGGUUGUAUCUGCACCUCCUUUACAUGACGAUGUUCCCUUUUCUGGACAGGUCAAGUCUGACAGCUCCUCUGAUCCCAACCGCAUGUACCAGGCCCUCCAACAGAGAGACCAGCCAAUGUACAACCAGCCGAAGUGGUAAUGCAUGAACCCACCAAUGUCCAUUUUACUUCUGAAUUGGAGCGUCAAUGGAAGGGCACACCCUGGAAGUCCAAAGUACAGCCCCCUGGUUCUCUGGUUAAAGGGAUCUUGUGGAAGGGCAAAGGAAGCGCUGCCUGAUACCUUGGAGAUCCAGUGGGAAUAAAAGUUCUGAGCUAGCUCUGAAUCUGCAUGGAAUAGCUUCCGAUGCCCUACUCUGGGAAGCUCUCCCCAUAACGGCCAUUAAAUUCAUCAAAAUGUUACUUGUGUGGCCAGUGACUGAGUCUGCAAAUAUAGCUCAUGGCAUCCUUUGCCAACCAGGUGCCUGGCAGAUGUUUUUGAUUACAACCCCCAUCAGAUCCAGCCAGCAGCCUCUGGGGAGCACCUGUUUCUGGAUUAAAGAAACAGAAAACCAUAUUCCAUUUUUUGCUAUGGACGGAGCUGGUCCAAAAGAAUUGGUUGCCUGAGGCAACAAGAGUAGUUGAGCAUUUCUUUUUGGCAAAGUUGUUGAGCUUGCAAAAGUUCUUCCUUCUUGGCCGCAACAAGUAAUUAGCAAUUUGUUAUACUUUCAAAUCAGCUGCCUGAGGCUGCUAUUUCACUCUGCCCAAUGGAAGGGCCAGCCCUGGCUAAUGGGCCAGCUGCCUCCUUUCUUGGUGGUGUAAGAACAUGCCCCAGGGUCAAGGUAAAGGACCCCUGGAUGGUUUGUCCAGUCAAAGGCAACUAUGGGGUUGUGGCACUCAUCUCGCUUCAGGCCAAGGGAGCCGGUGUUUGUCCACAGACAGCUUUGUGGGUCAUGUGGCCAGCAUGAAUAAACCGCUUCUGGCACAACGGAACACCAUGAUGGAAACCUGAGCAGCGCACGGAAAUGCUGUUUACCUUCCCGCCGCAGUGGUACAUAUUUAUCUACUCGCGUGUGCUUUUGAACAUGGUAUAUCCAGUUGGUUAGGACUGAAAAUCCAAGGAAGAUGAUCGCUUAAGUUCGCAAUGCUUUGCCCAGGCCUUCUCCAACCCAUAACCCCAGAAUCUCUGUUUCAUUUGCUUUUAUAUAUUUUAUACAGUGGUACCUC